AUGGAGGGUGCAGCUCACACUGACACGGAGCUCGUGGCCCCCGUGGUGGAGCUCACGCCCUCCACGAUGCAAAAGAUCUCUCUGCUGGAACAAAAAGUAGAGAAACAAGCACAAGAAAUCCAGCUGAAGGACAGGAGGAUUGCUGAGCUCGAGGAGAAGAUAAAGACUCUUCAGGGAGGGGAAGGUGCUCCUGACUCAUCCACCCUAGAAGAGCUGGAAGUGAGAUGCCUUCAGCUGCAGGCCCAGGUCAGCGAGAUGGAGCGGUUUCUGAAUGACUACGGCCUGAUUUGGGUGGGAGGGACACAGGAUCAGCUGGAAGACACAGAAUCCCUCGGGGAUGAAGAGGAGCUGCCACCAAGGAGCCUCUGGAAGCCAGGCGAAGCAGUUGUUUCCAAGCACCUGAUUGAUUUUGAUUUAAUCUUGGAGAACGUGAAAUAUUUGAACCUGCUGGCUGGAGAAGGCAGCUCUCAAAUCAAGCACACGCUCCGGGGGGCUCGGCUGAAGCAGCCAGAGCCCGUCCCUCUCACCCUGUACCAAAAUGGGAUCGUCAUGUGCAGUGGAGCCUUCCGGCCCUACAGGGACCCAUCCACGCAGCAAUGCCUGCAGGACAUCAUGGAUGGGUAUUUCCCUUCAGAGCUGCAGCAGCGCUACCCCGACGGCAUCCCUUUGCAGGUCACUGACAGAAGGGAUGUGGUGUUUGAGGAGAGGGACCUUCCAAGGAGUUUUCCUGGCCAUGGCCAAAUGGUUGGUCAUCCACGAUCAAACCAAGUGCAGGAAACCACCGAGAUCCCAGGUCCCAAAGCCUCCUUGGAGCAGUUUCCCAGUGAGCUUCCCAAGCCCCUGGAACGUGGAGGAGGAGUGGUUGGUGUCCAGGGCUCAACUGGAGCAGCACAGGAGGGCUCUGAUGGGGUGCAGAGCAGCAAAGAGACCCUGCUGGAGUCACCCAGGCUGGCUGCCCUGGAGAGGUGCAGGGUGAAGAUGACUGGAGAGGCUGAAGCUCCUCCCCCUGGAGUGUGCACCCUCCGUGUCAGGUCGGAGAGCGGGGAGCACACGCACCUUGUGAGGAUGCUCUUCACUGACACCAUCGGGGACCUGCGCCAGCACCUCGCCCACAUCAGGGGUGGAGACUCCGACUCGUAUGAGAUCAUCAGCACCUUUCCCAAGAGGCUGUACACGGACAACUCCAGGAGCCUGCAGGAAUGUGGGCUGAUCCCCAGUGCCUCCUUGCUGCUGAGGAGAAGAGACCCCUCCCAGCAAGAGGGACAGGGCUGCAAACACUGUAACAGCUCCUCAUCCCAAGCUCUGUAAGGAGAAGGAUCUGUCUCUCUCACCUGUUAUAACCUGCCCUGGCUGGGAAGAGGUUUUCUUUCCAGAUUUAGUUUCCUUGUGCCAUUA